ACACAGGAAACAAAUAAAAACAAACUGGGGUUGCAAUAACCUGUGAACAUGUCCACCCGGCUAGUUUGCAUCAGUGAUUAUGAACAACAUGCUAAAUCAGUACUUCCAAAGUCUGUAUAUGACUAUUACAGGUCUGGGGCAAAUGAUCAAGAAACCUUGGCUGAUAAUAUUGCAGCAUUUUCCAGAUGGAAGCUCUACCCACGGAUGCUCCGGAACGUUGCUGAAGUAGACCUGUCGACUUCUGUUUUAGGCCAGAGAGUCAGUAUGCCAAUAUGCGCUGGGGCUACGGCCAUGCAGUGCAUGGCUCACCUGGAUGGGGAGCUUGCAACAGUGCGAGCCUGCAGGUCCCUGGGAACUGGCAUGAUGCUGAGUUCUUGGGCCACCUCCUCAAUUGAAGAAGUGGCCAAGGCUGGUCAUGAGGCACUUCGCUGGCUGCAACUGUACAUCUACAAGGACCGUGAAGUCACCAAGCAGCUAGUGCGGCGGGCUGAACGGAUGGGCUACAAGGCCAUAUUUGUGACGGUAGACACCCCCUACCUGGGCAACCGCUUCGAUGAUGUGCGUAACAGGUUCAAGCUGCCACCCCAACUCAGAAUGAAAAAUUUUGAAACCAACGAUUUAGCAUUUUCUCCUAAGGAAGAUUUUGGAGACAACAGUGGACUUGCUACCUAUGUCGCUAAAGCAAUAGACCCGUCCAUCAGCUGGGAGGACAUUAAAUGGCUGAGAGGGCUGACUUCGCUGCCAAUCGUCGCCAAAGGCAUUUUGAGAGGAGAUGAUGCCAGGGAGGCAGUUAAACAUGGUUUGGAUGGGAUCUUGGUGUCAAAUCAUGGAGCUCGACAACUUGAUGGGGUGCCAGCCACUAUUGAUGCUCUGCCAGAAAUUGUGGAGGCCGUGGAAGGGAAGGUAGAAGUCUUCCUGGAUGGGGGUGUUCGGAAAGGCACUGAUGUGCUGAAAGCUCUGGCCCUGGGAGCCAAGGCUGUGUUUGUGGGGAGACCCAUCAUCUGGGGCUUGGCUUCCCAGGGAGAGAAAGGUGUUCAAGAUGUCCUGGAGAUACUAAAGGAAGAAUUCUGGCUGGCCAUGGCUCUGAGUGGGUGCCAGAAUGUGAAAGUCAUCGACAAGACAUUGGUGAGGAAAAAUCCUUUGGCCCUUUCCAAGAUCUGACAGUGCACAAUAUUUUCCCAUCUGUAUUAUUUUUUUUUCAGCAUGUAUUACUUGACAAAGAGACACUGUGCAGAGGGUGACCACAGUCUGCAAUUCCCCACUUCGAUACAAAGGGUGUCGUUCUUCUCCAACAAAAUAGCAAUCCCUUUUAGUUCAUUGCUUUUGACUUUUCAAUGGGUGUCCUAGGAACUUUUUAGAAAGAAAUGGACUUGCAUCCUGGAAAUAUAUUAACAGUUAAAAAGAAAACAUUGGAAAUGUGUUUAGAGAACGUCAUCUUUUGGCAGGCUAAAGUGCUGAAAAACAAAAGAUACCCUUUGGUCAAAUUGGAGGUAGCUAAUGCUGAGGUGAAAAGAUAAUGAUUUCACUGUUUAUUAACCAGCAUUGUGUCUAGAUUUCCUUAAAACAAUGUUCUUAAAUUAUAAGCUCAGGUUCAAAAGCAUGGACAUGCCAGGCAAAAAUGGGAGACUUGGAUUCCUACCACAGAGUACAUAGCACUUGACUGAAUUGUGAUGAGUUGGUGGUAAUUUGUGAUUUUCUAGAUACUGUGUAACACCUUGAUCUAUGUUAUUUCUUUGAAUGUGGUUUUCCAUUCAGGUCUUUAGUGUCUGAAUAUUUUGUGAUAUACUUUGCUUUUAACCAGAAAGAAAUAAAGUAUUAGCUGGAAAAGAA